UUUUCUUCUCCCAGCCCCUCUCUAAUUUGGCUGUAUGUUUUCUCUCGGACUCCUGACACCCCGUCUCGCAGCAGCUCGAUCCGCACCACUAUUCCACGCCAGAUACUCUUCACUGUUCAGUAUGCCUGAGACGCCCACAGCCGCCGAUCCCGUUGCCCAGCCCACGGAAGCAGAGCAGCCCGAGGCACAGCCUUCGGUCGACGCUCCUGAGCCGCCAAAGCGCAAGAACAACCGCGCCCAGACAUGCAAAGACCGGCGCGAGUACGCCAAGAAGGUGCGCGUCGACCGCGCCGCCGAGUACGAGGCCAGCGGAGCACCUCGGCAGUCUACCAGCAGCGAGCCGCGGCAGCCGAAGCGCAAAGUCGCUUUGCUGAUGGGCUUCUGCGGAACCGGAUACCAGGGCAUGCAGGUGAACCACAACGCAAAGACGAUCGAAGGUGACCUGUUCCGCGCCCUGGUGGAUGCCGGCGCUGUAUCACCGGAUAACGCUGGCGACCAGAAGAAGGUGCAGUUCCAGCGCGCAGCACGCACUGACAAGGGCGUGCAUGCUGCGGGCCAGGUGGUAUCGCUAAAGAUGAUUAUUGAGGAUCCCAAAAUCGUGAGCAAGGUCAAUGAGAAGCUGCCGGAGCAGAUCCGCGUGUGGGGGUAUGUGCGGGUGAUCCGGUCGUUCAACGCAAAGACCAUGUGCGACUCGCGCGUCUACGAGUACCUGCUGCCGACAUAUGUGUUUAUGCCGCCGUCGGCGCGCAACGCUGAGAUUGCAAAGACUGUGGCAUACGGUGAGCGCGAGGUGAUAGAGUCGACCAAGGAGGAGAUGGAGGAGAAGCGCGCGUACCGGAUCACGCCCGAGCAGCUGGAGAUGACGCGCCAGGCGUUCGCCAAGUACAAGGGCACACACGACUUCCGCAAUUUCACGGUGACGCGCGGGUGCACGGCGUCGAACUCGAAGCGCUUCAUUAUGUCGUUCACGGUCUCGGAUCCGAUGGUCAUCGAUGGCGGCGAGUGGCUCAGCCUGAAGGUGCAGGGCCAGUCAUUCAUGCUGCACCAGAUCCGCAAGAUGGUGGGCCUAGUGAUCAUGAUGGUCCGGACCAGCACGCCGCUGACGCUUAUUGAUGCUUUGUUUGACGGACCACGCGUGAAUGUGCCGAAGGCGCCAGGACUCGGCCUGCUGCUGGAGCGGCCAGUGUUUGAUGCGUUCAGCCAGCGUGUGGCCAAGCAGAAGCAGGAGUACAAGGACCCAAUCGUGUUUGAGCCGUACCAGGAGGAGAUUGACGCAUUCAAGCAAAAGUUCAUCUACGACAACAUCACACGCACCGAGCGGGACGAGAUGGUGUUCGACAACUGGGUGCAGAACGUUGAGCUGUCGCCAGAGCAGUUCACGUACAUUAAUGAGGAGGGCACGAUUCCCGAGUCGGCUGUUAUUGUGCCAGGUGCGGACAACAUGGGCAUGGCAACAAAAUGGAAGGGCGACAGAGCCGGAGCGCGCAACGGCGGCGAAUCGUCUGACGAGGAGGGCGAUGCCAACGACGGUUAAAUAUUUGAGUGUCCCGCAAUAAAUUUGCAUGCACAAGCCA